GCGCGUGACCAGAUCCGCCUUCAGAAGUUGGUUUUAUCUUCUACCAGCAAGUCAAGUUUCUCUGAAGGAGUUCAAUAUGGCACGAGGAAAGGCGCAUCCAGCGCUGCUGGCGCUGUGUUUCUGCUGCGUUGCUACGGCCGUCACCGCUGCCCCGAUGGGCGGGAUUCCGCGAGCGGACGGGUCUGUUUUGGUCGGCGACAUCCUCUACUCCGCGGCGCAGUGGCAAAGUUUGCUCGCUAGGAACUUGAAUUCUAAAGAAAGGCUUUGGCCGAAAAACAACGGUGUCGUCAAAAUUCCCUACAAGAUAUCAAAUCCUGAUCUGAACGUGACUCUGCUGAAGCUGGGGUUCAGCGCCUGGGAGUCUGAGACGUGCGUUCAGUUCCCCAAGGCAUCGGGCAAAGACAAAGAGUACUUGGAUAUCAGUAUAGGAGAUGGCUGUUACUCCUUAGUUGGUUACAUAAAGAACGAUGUCACAACUGUCAGUAUCUCCGGGGAGGCUUGUGAUCUUAAAGGCGUCACCCACGAGUUAGGCCAUUCAAUGGGGCUUGAGCACGAACAGUCCCGCAGCGACAGGGAUGAUCACAUCACCGUCAUCUGGGACAACAUAAUGCCAGGCGAUGAAAUUCAGUUUGUAAAAGAAAAUACCAUUAACUUCGGCGUGCCGUACGACUACUCUUCCCUCAUGCAAUAUCAGGCUGGGGCGGGAGCAAAAGACGGCAUGCGCGCGAUGCUCACUAAAGACGCACGUUUUCAGGAAAUUAUUGGAAACACAGAAGGGAUUUCCCACAUGAACUUGUUGCUUGUGAACACCAUGUACAAUUGCAUAGGCGACUGGCUAGCGGCGUGCAGCAAGAAGUCUGAACCAUGCAAGAACUUCGGCUACACCAAGAAGGACUGCAGUUGCGCUUGCCCUUUGGGCACGUCGGGCAAAAACUGCGAGAACCUGGACAUGAGCUACAACGAUGCCCUAGUAAAGAAGAUCGCUCCGAUAUAUAGUAUAUAG